AUGGCUGCGUUUGCUCCUGGUGAGGAGCUCGUCCUCUAUGCUACUAUCCCCCUCGCUCUCAAUGCGGUGGUGAAGCUGGGAGCCUUCGACGAGAUAGCAGAUUCGGUCCUCUCUGCUUCUGAGAUUGUUUCCCGGAUUACAAACAACCCAUCUGCGAAUGUUGCAUUUCUGGACAGAACUCUCCGAGUUCUGGCAACUUACGGGGUUGUGAACGAGACCGUUGUGCAGGGGCAGCGCAAGUAUGGGCUCUCCGAGAUAGGCAAGCGUUUUUCUCCAGGAACGAAAUUGGCAGCGCGUGGUUUGAGUGUCAUGUGCAAUCACCGGAUCUUCCUCAAGCCUUUCGAGCAUCUUGCCGAAGGCAUUCUUGAUGGUGGCGAGCCAUUCCGCAAAGCCCACGGCAAAACCGCAUACGAGCUUGUGGCUGAGGAGCCGGAAUUCAACAACAGCUUCAACCUCUGCAUGGCCGAUCAUUCCAAGAGGUCCAGUGCUGUGCUGCUGGAUUGCUACAAGGGAUUUGCAAGCAUCAAAACUCUGGUCGAUGUUGGUGGCGGCAAUGGAGCAUUGCUGUGUGACAUUCGAACUCGCUAUCCGCAUAUCAAAGGCAUAAAUUUCGAUCAGCCCCAUGUUGUUUCUCAGGGAAUUGCAUCUGAAGGAGUGGAGCAUGCUGGUGGCGACAUGUUCGGAUCAAUUCCCCAAGGAGAUUCAAUCAUGUUGAAGUGGAUUCUCCACAACUGGAACGACGAACAGUGCCUGAAGAUCCUGCAAAACUGCUACAAAUCCCUUCCUGCUCAGGGAGGGAAAGUCAUUGUCGUGGAAGUUUUACUACCUUCUGAAGCUUAUCAAGCUGCCAGUGAGUUUGAGUUGCGAAUCGGACUGCUCCUAGAUCUUGUCAUGAUGGUUAAUUUCAACGGCAAGGAGCGGACCUUUGAAGAGUAUCAGGCGCUCGCCGAACAAGCUGGUUUCAACAAAGUGCAUCUUGUCAACGUCUCCAAUGGACUAGCAAUCCUGGAGUUUCACAAGUAGCAAAACAGGUCACUUUUGGCUGUCAACGUAACACAAUGAAAUUGUUUUUAAAUUUUGAUGUUGAAUCAUUCAUUCAUUUAUAUAUGCCCACCAUGAAACAUGAAAUCAA